GCGCGGGGCUGGGCGCGCAGUGCCGCGCGGUGGCAGCGGCGGGGAGAGCAAUGGAGGCCGCGGGCGCCUGAGAGCCGGCCGCGCUGCUGCUGGGGCUGCUGCAGGGAAGGCUCGGAGGGCUGGGACGUCCCCGGGACGCGCGUCGCCCGUCAUCCCUCCCUCCACCGUGGCGCCCGGUGAAACCGCAGUUCCCAAGAGCUGUGAUUCCCAGACUGUCUGGGUGUUGCACCCCGGUUCCUGACGCACACACCCCCAAGCCUGGGUCUGUUUUUUCACAAGAAGGAGAGUUUGGUGGAGAUUUAUCCAGCAGCGGUAAUAGGGUUUGUGGCCCUUCAUAACGACAAGAAGAAGGGAGGCAAAUUCCAGCCUUUUAAGAAGCUGUUUGGCAAAAAGAAGAAGAGUACCCCGUUGUCUGGGGAGGAAUCAGCUGGGAGGCAGAGUCACGUUCUCCAGAGCGCCAGCAAUGGGACCCUCUCUUCGGAUGAGGAAACCCUGGAGAGCAAUCUGAGGUCCUUCAACUAUUCUAUGGGAGCACGGGCGUUCUCCCAUGACAGUAUUUUUAUCCCUGAUGGGGGAGCAGAAAAUGAGCAGACAGUUCAAGCAAUGUCACAGGACAGCAUCCUGGGCAAAGUCAAAACUCUUCAGCGACAGUUGGGCAAGAAUAUCAAGUUUGGGCAGCGGCCAUCUAACAGUAUUCCCAUGAAGAAGGCAGGCAGUGCAGAUGCUAGCUCAGAAGAGGACUUCUUCCUGACCAGUCCCAUGGAAAUUGUGACUCCGCAGGAUAUUGUCCUUUCAGACACAGAGAACAAAUCCAGUGACACACCAAGCUCCUCCAGUCCUCUGAAUCUACCUGAAGCUGGAAGUGAGAUGGAAGAGAAGGUUGUUCCAGUCAAACCCUCCCGGCCAAAGCGACACUUCUCUUCUGCGGGCACCAUUGAAAGUGUCAACCUCGACGCCAUCCCCCUGGCCAUUGCUCGCCUGGACAACAGUGCUGCCAAGCACAAACUCUCGGUGAAGCCAAAAAACCAGAGGGUGUCCAGGAAGCACAGGUGGCUUGCCCAGGAUCGUCAGAAUGAGCCAGGCAGCUUUGAGAGUCAGUCUUCCCUGGACCAGAACGGGCAGGCAGGAGAAGACAAGCACAUCUGGCAUGAAGAGGAACCAGAGCCUCUGGAUUCCCACGAAGAGAGAAGACUCCAGGAAGAGUAUUGGCGGGAACUUGAAGCCAAGUGCAAACGGCAAAAAGCCGAAGCAGCGGAGAAGAGGCGCCUGGAGGAGCAGAGGCGGCAGGCGCUGGAGAGGCGGCUUUGGGAGGAGAACCUCCGAGAGGAGCUGCUGGAGGAGGAGGAGGAGGGGGAGGAGGAGGAAGGCGAGGAGGCCGGCCUGCAGCUAGAGGCAGGGAAGCCUCGUCCAGGGGAAGGGCGGCAGCCCACCCGGGAGGAGCAGGGCUGUGCAGAGCGAGAGCUGGGGGAAGCCGACGACCCCGGGCGCCUGGAGGCAGAAGAGCGCAGGCGUGAGCAGGAAGAGGCCGAGAGACAGGCGGAGAAACUGAGGCAGCGCGAGGCCGAGCUGCAGGAGGAGGAACUGAGGCUGCGGGAAGCUCAGAGGCAGGAAGAGGAGCUGAGGCAACGCGAGGCUGAAAGGCAGGAGGAGGAACUGAGGCAACGGGAUGCCCAGAGGCAGGAGGAGAAACUGAGACAGCUCGAGGCCCAGAGGCAGGAGGAGAAACUGAGGCAGCGCGAGGCCGAGAGGCAGGAGGAGAAACUGAGGCAGCGCGAGGCCGAGAGGCAGGAGGAGAAACUGAGGCAGCGCGAGGCCGAGAGGCAGGAGGAGAAACUGAGGCAGCGCGAGGCCGAGAGGCAGCGGGCUCAGGAGGAGGAAGCCAGGAGGAUGCUGCAGGAGCGGAGGCGGGAGGAAGAGGAGGAGGAGGAGGCCACACGCACAGAGGAGCUGAAAGGGCGGGAAAUGGACGAGGACCCACAGAGCCUGGAAGGAGAGAGCCAGCCUGGGCUAGCGGACGAGGCUGAUCAGCAAAGCCCACUGCAGCAGCGGGACCUGGAGAAGCCAGAGGAGCAAGAAACCCCGGAAUCCGCGGGGCAGAAAGAGAUGGCCCAGGAGCAGAAGGAAGAGGCCACGGUGGCCAGCGAGCCGGCAGGGCAGAGGGGAGAGCCGGACACGGAGUCCGGUGGUGUAGACGUGGGAGGGAGAGAAGCCACUCAGAUGGACAUCCCCCUGCCGCAAGAGGGGCAGAUGGGCGGAACGCCGGCCUCGGAGGACAGGAACGAAGCUGUCGCUGCGGACAAGGACCGGGAGGUGGAGGAGCUCCGGUGGCAAGAGGUGGACGAGCGGCAGACCAUGCCCCGGCCCUACACGUUCCAGGUGUCCUCCGGGGGUAGGCAGAUCCUCUUCCCCAAAGUCAACCUGAGCCCGGUGACACCCGCCAAGGACGCGGCGAGCCUGGCCCCGGUGGCCCAGGAACCGCCGGUGCCCCGCGGUGCCGCCCCGCACGCCCUGCCCUCGGCGCUGAGCAUCCCACACACGGCCAUCCUGGUCACCGGGGCGCAGCUCUGCGGCCCGGCCGUCAACCUGAGCCAGAUCAAGGACACGGCCUGCAAGUCCCUCCUGGGCCUGUCAGAAGAAAAGCGCCCGGUGGACGUCCCCACGGUGGAGCCCAGGGCCGGGGGCGGCAAAGCCAGGCCUCCCCCGGAGGUGCCCAGCAACGCCGCCGCGCUAGCCGAGUGGGCUUCCAUUCGAUCCAGGAUCCUGAAGAACACGGAGGGUGACCAGCGUGGUGACAGAGAGCCGGCCAGAGCCGCCGGGGACGAGCCCGCUCCCCGAGCUCGGAGCGAUUCCCGAGGAGGGAACGUGCGCAGGACGCCGCCGGCCAACGCCAAGUUCUCCAUCAUGUCGGCCUGGCAGAAGUUCUCUGACGGCGGGGCAGAGACCUCCAAACAGAGCUUGGACGGUGAAAGCAUAAGGAAAAAGCCGGGGCCAGCACCAGGCGAAGAGACCGCCCCCCAGCCUCCGCCUGCAGCGGCUCCCGAGCCUCGGAAGAGCCUGGAGAAGCCAGAGGUGAGCCAGGAGCCCCCAGACACCACCGACGGAUGCAAAUUUGCCAAAGACCUUCCAUCCUUCCUCGUUCCAAGCCUGCCUUCUCCGCAGAAAGCUGCUUCCCGCACCGAGUCCACGACCACUUUGGACAGCGAGACCACGGGUGACACAGGAAAGCCAGACCCUGUGAUGCCGGGAGGGGAGGAGAAGGCCUCGCCCUUUGGAAUAAAACUGAGAAGGACCAACUACUCCUUGCGCUUCCACUGUGACCAACAGGCCGAACAGAAGAAGAAAAAGAGGCACAGCAGCACGGGAGACACUGUGGACGGUGGCACCCCCGCAGUUGGGAGUGACCCUGGAGAGAAAGAGCCUGAAGCGGUGACCGUCAAGCAUGGCGCAUCCCUUCCCCAGGAGAAAAAGCCAGCCCUAGCCCCUCGGAGGGACUCUGCUGAAAGCCCUUCUGUCGGUCACUCGGUUGCUGUAGCCCAGUCGGGGCUACCACCAGGUGCCAGUAGCCAGACCUCAGCUCCAGAGCAGGACAAGGCAGCAAGCAGAACGCCACCAAUGCAGAAACCGGCCCUGGCUCCCAAGCCCACCAGCCAGACCCCACCUUCGUCCCCACUCUCCAAACUGAGCAGACCCCACUUGGUAGAGCUGCUUGCUAGGCGGGCUGGGAAGGUGGAUUCCGAGCCCAGUGAGGCUUGCAAGGAGAGCAGAGAGAGUCAAGAGAGCAGUGAUAACCAGCCAUCCUCACCAUCACUGCCAGAGGAGCUGAAGGGCCAGAAGAGGGAUGAGGAAGAGGUGCCAGAAAAGAAACCCGCUUCCCCGCCUCUGUCAGCCAGCCGGCAAGAGAGACCUUCCCUAACUCCUGAAACCGGUAGAAAAGAGAAACCCAUGCUGCAGAGCAGGCACUCUCUAGAUGGCUCCAAAUUAGCAGAGAAAGGUGAAACUGCUCAGCCGCUGUGGAUAACAUUGGCGCUGCAGAAGCAGAAGGGAUUCCGUGAGCAGCAGGCAACUCGAGAGGAGAGGAAGCAGGCCCGCGAGGCCAAACAGGCCGAGAAGCUCUCCAGAGACACCGUCAAUGUCAGCUCACAGCCUGGAAGCAGUCGAGUAAGCAGAGCUGGUUCCCUGCACAAGCCUGCCACUCCGUCAGAAGAGAAAAAGCCCGAAACGGCAGUGUCCAGGCUCCAGCGCAGAGAACAGCUGAAAAAAGCCAACACUCUUCCCACAUCCGUGACAGUAGAGAUCUCAGACUCGGCGCCCCCAGCCCCGCUGGUAAAAGAGGUCACCAAGAGAUUCUCCACCCCAGAUGCUGCCCCCGUGUCUACAGAACCUGCCUGGCUGGCUUUGGCCAAACGAAAAGCAAAGGCCUGGAGCGACUGCCCACAGAUCAUUAAGUAAACAGCGACUCCUCCCAGGUCCACGGCCGGUCGCUGGCUCUUCUCUUGCCCCUUUUUAUUUAUUUAUUUUUUAUAUGAGGUACAGAAACCAAGCUAGGGAAAAGAAGCAUGUUUUAUAGGUUCUAAAAUAAUGUUCAGACACUGCACUGGUGGUGGUCAUUGUAAAGAGUGUGUAUUUGCACAACCCUGGGUCCUGGUGCCUUGAGCUCACCCUAGUUCUCAAAAGACAGUUUUGUCUGAGGGACCACAUGAAGCAAAAUCUGCAAAUGAGAGCUCAGGAGAGCCUGCCAUGCCCAUCCAUGGCCUUCUCAUCCAUGCACCAUUUCAGAACAUAUCCUUUUGCCAAUCUCUGUAAAUCUUUUUUGAUUCUCUACUAUUCUAUCCAAAACAUUUGUCCUACUGUGUUUGCAUAUGUAACAGUGACGUAUGUUCACAUGUACAUAAAACAUGGUGUCACUCUCCUGAAGGCAGUAACUGGAAAAUAAGGAAAAGCUGGCUCCCAACUCUGUGCCUGUGUCUGGUUUUCAUGAAUUUUUUCCCACCCUAAAACCACAACAUAGCAAAUCCAUUCACACUCAUACUCCAUGGUAUGCCCUGUCAUACCAGUACCCUUUUAAAGACACAGGGACCAUUUGGCCUAGCUGGCUCCUAAGGAACAUCUGUAUUUAAUUUGGUGAAGAAAAGGAAACUCUGUGCCAGAGUUGUCUCUGAGAAUCUCCAUGUAGUACGGGGGCUCUUCAGCAGCCAGGCAUUCUGAUAUAACCCAAACGUUAAGAACCUUGUGGUAUGACAACUCUGGUGCAAUCUAGCUUUUCACACUAGGAAGAGAAGGCUGGUCCACCCAAAGAUGCAAAAGUGAGACAAGAAAACAAAACCAUCACCCCAAACAGCCUUCUCUGUAAGAUAGUUUAGGUUGCUGGCAGUCCACGCCUCUGGAAUUUCCCCUUGGCCUUUAGGGAAAAUGAACAAGCCAAGAUGUGUAACCUAUUUGUUCUAAGGACUUCCUUUAUUGUACUUGAAUAAUUCAGAGUCGAAUGUUCCAAAGCAUUCACCUUGAUACCUUUAAAAAAAAAGAAGCAUCUCAGAGUUUUACGUGGCCUUGUUAUCAUACACAUGUGCAUACAAAAAAAAAAAAAAAAGGAACUU